AUGCGCUCUAAGUUCAAGGACGAGCACACGUUCGAGAAGCGGAAGGCCGAGGCGGAGAGGAUCCGCCAGAAGUACAAUGACCGCAUCCCGGUCAUUUGCGAGAAAGUCGAGAAGUCGGACAUCGCGACUAUCGACAAGAAGAAGUACCUCGUACCCGCCGAUCUCACUGUAGGCCAGUUUGUCUACGUAAUCCGGAAGCGGAUCAAGCUCUCGCCUGAAAAGGCCAUCUUCAUCUUCGUGGACGAAGUUCUGCCACCGACCGCUGCACUGAUGAGCUCCAUAUACGAGGAGCACAAGGAUGAGGACGGAUUCCUCUACAUCACGUACUCGGGGGAGAACACCUUCGGUGAGGCGCUCUGA